UAUCAUGAUUAACGUAUGGCAUGCUUGCGCUGAUAUUGAUGUUGCAUCGACAAUAGCUCACAAUGAAGCAGAAUUCUGAGGAAUUGAUCUCAUCUGGGAUUUCAAGGUCGUAUGUGCUUCGGGAAAACCAAGAACAUUAACUUCGCUUAUUACCAUCAUCUAAACAACCUGCUUUCCUCUAGCAACCCAAUUCAAUCUUCAUCAUGAAGUUCUCUUCGGCAAUUCUUAGCACCACGCUCCUUGCGACUGCUGCUUUUGCUGCACCUCUGACUGCUAAGCGUCAAGCCCGCUAUGAAGCCCGGCGUUUGGCUCGCGCAGAGUCCAGUGUGACGGAGCGUCAUAGCAACCCUCCCUAUAAGCCCGACACCCACGAGAUUCUGCAUCUCAAUGAGAGCGCCCACGUGGAGUAUAGCUCCAACUGGGCUGGCGCCGUUCUGAUAGGCUCAGGCUACACUUCGGUCACCGGCCAAUUCACCGUUCCAACUCCCAAGGUGCCCACCGGCAGUAGCAGCAGCGGAAGUUACUCUGCUUCUGCUUGGGUCGGAAUCGACGGUGAUACUUGGAGCGACGCCAUCCUGCAGACUGGUAUUGACUUCACCAUCUCCAAGGGAAAGGUCAGCUACGAUGCCUGGUAUGAAUGGUACCCUGACUACGCCUAUGAUUUCACCGGUAUCACCAUUUCCGCUGGAGAUGUGAUCAAGGUCACCGUGACUGCCGCUUCCAAGGCGUCCGGUACCGCUGUUAUCGAAAAUGUUACCACUGGCAAGAGUGUCUCCCACACCUUCUCUUCCAGCAGCACUGAGGGUAGCCUUGGUGAGGUCAAUGCUGAGUGGAUUGUUGAGGACUUUGAGUCUGGCGGUUCUCUUGUGAGCUUUGCCAACUUUGGCACCGUUACCUUUACUGGGGCCGAGGCAACCGCUAGUGGCUCCACGGUUGGGCCUUCUGGGGCUACUCUUAUCGACAUCAAGCAGAACAACCAAGUUCUUACCUCUGCCUCUGUCACCUCCAACACCGUCACAGUGACUUAUGUCUAAGUUUUUUUCACUACGGUGAGGCAAUACGAUCAUCAUGUGCCGGGGGUAUGAUGUUUGAUUCAGGCAGUAGGCAAUGGGGGCUGCAGAAGGAGAGCUACGGAAGGAGAGAGCUACGGAAGGAGAGUGAGGGAUUAUAGUGUUAAUACAUUGUCGGGUUAGAUUACCAUAUGUGUAUCGGGGAUGCACAUUUUUGUCACACGCAUACCAUGGCGACUACCUAGGUCAUUCAUACAAUGAGAUAAUGCUGUAUAACUGGAG